AGCCCCUUUAGAACAAAGAAAUAACAAAGGCUACAUGGGAAUCUGUUUGUUCGUACUCCAGAUGUUACCUGCUUUGUGAGUCCGAGCAGACAUGUGGGACCGCCUCUGCAGCCAAUCAUAGACGUGGGCGGGUUAGUUUUCUUCUUCCAAAAACCAAGGAACAAACGCGCGGCCUCCGUUCCAUCCCCCCACCACUGUUCCCUGGCCUCGGCUCCGAGUAAUCUUCCCUAUGGUUUCGAUUAACUCUUCGACGUCCGAAAUCCGCAGACCGACCGCCAAAGAUGACUUCUUCGGAUCUGUAGGACGUCCAAAUUGUUGGUUUUUUGGUCUUUUUCAUCGUAUUGGAGCGUAUAAGCGAGUCUGCAAUUCCCUCAUUUAUAGCGCCACCAACUUCGGUGGAACAGGUCCCCGUAGCAUCAAAGGCGGGAGAGCUCACAGCUCAGAGGGGGUUGUAAGAGGGCCCUCAUUUGUUCCCGUUUCGAAAAGGUGGGAUCUUUAUUUCCGAUUCGGUAGAAGAUUUAUUAGCGGCUGCAGGGAGCGGGGAGGGAGGGAGGAAGGAAAGGCGGGAUGGAAGGGGGCGUGACGUACUGGCAGGCGUUGAUCCUCUCUUCGAUCUUGGGUUGGGUGGUGGCCUCGUCGCUGUUCGGUCUCACCCGGAGGGUAAGAGCCAUGACGCAGCCCUGGGUCACGCGCCGCGUGCUUGCGGAUACCCCGUCGAUCCUUCGUUUACAGAGGUUGCAUCACUGGUCCCUGGACAACAUGUUCUCGGUGCUGUCAUGUGUUGUGUCAGUGCCCUUUUAUACAGGAUUUCUUCCUAUUCUUUUCUGGAGUGGGCAUGGCAAAUUGGCCAGACAGAUGACCCUGUUGAUGGCUUUCUGUGAUUAUGUCGGGAAUUCCAUAAAGGAUCUGGUAUCAGCUCCUAGACCAAGUAGUCCACCUGUGAGAAGAGUGACUGCUACAAAAGAUGAGAAGGAGAAUGCCAUGGAAUACGGAUUGCCAUCUUCGCACUGUCUGAAUACUGUAUGCUUGUCAGGAUAUUUGUUGCACUAUGUACUUAUAUACUAUCCCCAAAGAGAUGGAAUUGCGGUUGCCGCUAUGUUCGGGCUAGUUUUCUUGCUUGUCAUGCUAAUUGGUGUAGGCAGGGUGUACUUAGGCAUGCAUAGCUUGAUUGAUGUUAUGGCUGGAGUCGGCUUUGGACUUGUCAUACUUUCUUUUUGGUUUAUGGUCCAUGGAUACGUCGAUGAGUUUAUUAUCUCUGGGCAGAAUGUUACAUCCUUCUGGGCAAGCCUGUCUUUUCUAUUGUUCUUUGCAUAUCCUAAUCCAGAAUUUCCAACUCCAAGCUUUGAGUACCACACGGCCUUCAAUGGCGUUGCAUUUGGAAUAGUUAGCGGAAUUCAGCAAACAUAUACUCUUUUUCACCAUGAUAAUGUUCCGCGUGUUUUCAGCCACCAACUACCAGUUGCAGUCUUCCUAGGACGGAUAUUGAUCGGCAUUCCCACGAUACUUAUUGUGAAGUUCUGCAGCAAAGCUAUAGCUAAAUGGUUGCUCCAUAUUCUUUGCAACACUUUGGGUAUCCCAAUAGUAUCAUCAUGCUAUGUCCCAACAACACUGAAGGGAUCCGAUACCAAAGACAAACCCGAGAAUAAGCAAUCAGUUUAUCUUCAGAAACUGAUGGUUAUCUUCCCACAGAAGGCAUAUGACGUGGAUACCGGAAUUCGAUUUCUCCAGUAUGCUGGCCUCGCAUGGUCGGUGGUGGACUUGGUUCCUUCGCUUUUCUCAUAUCUCAAUUUGUAGCAGCUUUGUUUCCCUCGCUCUUCUCAUAUCUCCAGUAUACCGGAAUUCAUUUUGUUCUGCCUCUAAGAGGUUGUAGAUGAAUUUUUUUGUAAUAUUUUUACUUGUAAUGUGAGAAAACUUGCCUUUAGAUUA